CCAAGGAUGGUGUUUUUUUUAUGGGGGCAAUGAGUGUUACAUUUGAUCAAGUGAAUUGCUAUUUUGAUAGGUGAGGCUUAUUUGAUCGAAUAGAAGCUGAAUAAUGCUUAGGUUGUUACGAGUGUAUUGGUAUGUUUUCUACAACAGAUCAUUAACUAGACCGUUCCCACCUGAUCUCGCCUGACAUUCGCCUUUGCGGACAUGUAUUUCCAUUGUUAGAGCGGUCAGUCGACCAUCUUGUCAAGUAUAAUAGAUCAUCUUUGAUUAAUGUAGAGAGAGCCUGCAUUUGCGUGCGCAGAUGUGACGUCUGGCCGAGGAAUCACAAGACUGGAGGACCGGUAUUGCGCUGUCGGCGUGCAUUUGUGUGUGACUGGAAACAUGUCCGCAAGGAUUGUGCACACCGGAAAAUCAAUGAAAUCCACCAAAACCUAAAGAACCAGUGCAAUUUGACCCUUCAAAAGAAUUGGACAUACUCCGGGACCCUUUUCUACGGUUGUGUUACCUCUCUGACUCGCGUUUUAGCCUAUACAGUGGCAGAAGUAUCCAAAACGAAUGGUGGAAGUCGAAUAGUCUCCAAAAGUAGGCUAGGCCGAGAGUGGAGUGGAGUGGAGAGUGAAGGGCUCCGCAGGUAGAUACGGGCGCUCGCUCUUGAGGAAUGUUAUCCGUACUCUCCUAUGGAAGACUAGUUGCGAGGGCUGUCCUUAGCGGACUCUCUCAAACUGAUGGUCGGGAUUACAGCCUGGUCACAGCUAGUUGUGGGUUUGGGAAAGACUUUCGUAAAGGGAUCUUGAAGAAAGGAAUGUGCUACGGGGAUGACGCUUGUUUCAUUGCCCGGCAUAGGUCCGCCGAUGUAUUGGGUGUGGCGGAUGGUGUAGGUGGAUGGAGGGACUACGGGGUGGACCCGUCCCAGUUCUCUGCUACCCUGAUGAGGACGUGUGAGCGGCUGGUGAAGGAGGGCCGCUUCACCCCCAGCAGCCCUGUGGGCAUCCUCACCUCAGGCUACUACGAGCUCCUACAGAACAAAGUACCCCUGCUCGGGAGCAGCACAGCCUGUAUCGUGGUCCUGGACCGACGGAGCCAUCAACUGCACACAUGUAAUCUAGGUGACUCUGGUUUCCUGGUGGUGCGGGGGGGAGAGGUGGUGCACCGCUCGGACGAACAGCAGCACUACUUCAACACCCCUUUUCAGCUGUCCAUCGCUCCCCCAGGUGCAGAGGGAGUAGUACUCAGUGACAGCCCUGAGGCCGCUGACAGCUCCUCCUUCGACGUCCAGCUGGGUGACAUCAUCCUGACCGCCUCGGAUGGCCUCUUCGACAACAUGCCCGACUACAUGAUCCUGCAAGAGCUCAAGAAGCUCAAGAGCACGAACUAUGACAGCAUCCAGCAGACGGCACAGAGCAUUGCAAAGCAAGCCCAUGAACUGGCCUAUGACCCCAACUACAUGUCCCCUUUCGCUCAGUUUGCCUGUGACAAUGGUCUGAAUGUAAGAGGGGGGAAGCCUGAUGACAUCACAGUGCUGCUGUCCAUUGUGGCAGAAUGCACAGACUAAGUGUGUGUGAUGUUUAUUGGAACUGUUUACUUCCUUCCCUCUGUCAGUCUUCCACCUGCCUCCUUCUCAAAUGCAUUGCUUCCUGUCGGACGGACUGGGGAGCCCCCCCUAUCCCUUCACUGACCUUCCCAUCUCACCGCCACAAAAUAGAACACGCGCUCCUCACCACAGAAUUGGGCUCCAUCUCUAUUCUUCCAUUUUGUUUUGGGACUGUAGUGAGGAGGCAGGCAGCUAGGACUUUCUCAUGUUGAUCGUGAUGCAGGAGGAGCAGAACGGCAUGUUGGUUCCCCACUUCAUUGGGACUGCGACUGAAUGGCAGUCCUGAAUGCAGGAGAGUUUGCUUUUGCAUGGAGUUGGGCUUGGUAGCCCUGAAACAAGCAGCGGGUAUUAUAAGUCAAGUAAGCCAUGGUUUGGGGUUGGGGAGAUGUGGUUGUGUUGCCUAUAUAUUUUGAAUGUCUGUGUUGUACGUGUUGUAGCUGUGUGACUGUCUGUUCCAAGUUGUCUAUGUGUGUGUGUGUGGAUGAAUACUAAGACUGGGGAAUUGAGAGAGACUGGGUUGUGGGGUUUAGAGAAGUUGCAGUGACUUGUGAUCAGAAAGGAUGUAGAUCUGGGUUUGGUGUCAGUGUCUUGGAUUAGGAUAAAGGGGUAGCUGGACAGUGUAAUUUACUAGCUCAGCUAGCAGAGAUCUCUCCAGAGUGCCACCUAUAGGCUAGUCUGAACUGUUACCACAUUGAGGGUACUGAAAAGUUCUGUCGCUGCACACAUCCUCAUGGGUUAGUAAAUAUUGUGUGUCAUGUACAGUGAGGGGAAAAAAGUAUUUGAUCCCCUGCUGAUUUUGUAUGUUUGCCCACUGACAAAGAAAUGAU